AUGUUUUGAAGUCAAAUUUUUGAAUCUUGGUUCAUUAUUCAUCAACACUUUGAAGCUGAAGUUUCCGAUUUAAAAAUGGAAAGUAUUGAAACUCCAGAUAAAAUUUCUAUCAAAAUAAAGGUUGGUGGUGAAGAUUAUCAUGAUCUGUUGAUAGAUUGGUCAGACAGGGAAGAUGUAGGUCGACAAAUAUUUCGACAACUUGCAUCUAUAAUAGGAAUACCAAUUUAUAAAAUGAACAGGCUUGUGAUGUAUUGCUAUCCUGAUUUUGAUGGUUUGGAAUUUUUUUUCAAUAAAAGAAAUACUCCAAAUGACGUACAUGGAUAUUAUGACUUUAAUCGUCUGAAAAUUUUAAAUAAUGGUGAUUGCUAUGCACUUGAAAUGACUUUCGAUAAUCAUGAGCCUCCAUUUCACGUAAAUUUAUUUUUGUACAAUCGUUCAAAUUUCGAUGACAGUCAAUGUACAGCUUGGUAUUGCCCACAUAUCAAUGGCCGAGAUUUUUUGAAUCGACAAGUAGAAAUCAUUAAAUAUGGUGAACCAAAAUUUGGAGAGUUUUGGGAUGGAGAUGCAAGAAGUACGAUAAGGUCUAUGGGCAUCCAGCCGUACAUGGACCCAAUCUGCUCAUCUCGAGUCUAUGAUAGGCCCCGUCAUCCUUACUAUCCACGAACUCACGGCUAAUUAUUUCAAAUGACUUUAUUCACUUAAUUAUACUCAUGAUAAAGAAUGAACAAUUUUGCACA